UCAUCACGAAAGUGCAAAUACGAUGCUGAUGCAUUUUGUUUUAUAUGUGGUCAAUUUAUUAAAGUUCGAGACGUGAAAUAUGAACUAAAGACAUCUCACGUUCUCUGUGAAGCCUAUGAAGCAUAUUUUGACUGUCCUGUACGGAAUCAAGAUAAGCCAUGGGCUCCACAUGUUGCUUGUAGUUAUUGUAAAAGGUGUUUGGAAGGUAAGCAAUUUUUAUUUAAUUAAGCGAUGAAUCCAAAAUAAUAGACAUAUUAAUUUUUAUUUUUAUAUUUUUAGGUUGGUAUCGAGGUGAGAAAAGGUCUAUGAAAUUUGCAAUACCAAGGAUUUGGCGAGAACCAAAAGACCAUACUACUGACUGCUACUUUUGUAUGGUGAAUCCGAGUAAAAGACGUAGAGGAAAUAAUAAAGCUGAAAACUACAAAAAGUUGGUUGAGGAUAUGCUUACAAAUUUUAAGGCCAUGGGAUGCAGGAUGUCAUUAAAAGUACAUAUGCUGCAUGCUCAUUUGGAUAAAUUUAAAAACAAUAUGGGAGCCUAUUCCGAAGAGCAAGGAGAACGUUUCCAUCAGGACAUCAUGAAUUUUGAACAACGCUAUCAAGGCCAAUACAAUGAAAACAUGAUGGGCGACUAUAUUUGGGGUUUAUUGAGAGAAAGUAGCUAUGAACAUAAAAGAAAAAGUAAAAGUGUGCACUUUUAAGUUAUUUUCCACUUUUCUGUAAGCUAAUUUGAUAGUAAAACUUAAUAAAAAUAAUAAACAUUUUUAUUUCAA